AUGAAUACCGAGGCCGACCUAGAGCGGCGUGUCCUCACGGCCCAGCGCCGCUCGCCGGACGCCGACCGGCGCCGCGAGACAGCGCACGGAGGAGACCACCCCGCCUGGCAGUUCCGGGGCGACCGGCGAGAGGAAGCCGAGGACACCGCUCCAGACGAGCCCGAGUACCUCAGCGAUGGGGAACUGGACGCGGACGCACCCCACGACCCCGGCGAGGCACCCUGUCCCGCAGAAACUGCGCCACGAGGGGAGGCCCCCGAGAGCGAGCCGCCCCCGCAGCAUGAGGAACCUACGGAGACUCACACCACGCCGCACCAGUGGAGAAGGGGCCGGCCCCGCCACGCCAGGUGCCGGGUGACAGAAGUCGCGGCGGACGACUCCGACGACCCCGCCAGAGCGACCCCUGACCCCGAACCCAUCAUAUCCGACCCAGACGAGGACGAAGAGGAAUCGCCCCCGAGCCCGACCAGAGGUGGUUGGGGGCACGCGGCCUACCCUUGCCGACGCAACUUUCCGCAUCACAAUCACACAACCGCGCGAGGAGGGGGCUGGACGUCCCCGUCGGACACGACGCAGACCCGCGAGGCUGCGGGAGUUCGUACUGAACAACACCCCGGGGCAGAGCUCACCCAGCCGAGGCGCUGA